CGUGAACGCAGAGGCGCCCUAUCAGACGCCUGCUCGCAGUGACUCUCGGCGGGUGCGGAAAGCGGCUCGAGACGUUCUUUCGGCAUGGCUCCUGCUCAGUACUGCGUCCCUGGAGAAAGACUGUGCAGCUUAGAGGAAGGAAUCCCUGGGAGCGGCACCUAUACACGCCAUGGCUCCAUCUUUUCCUCUCUGGCUGGUUGUCUUGUGAAGAAAAGUGAGAAUGGCAUGCUCCCUGUGAUCUCUGUGAUGAGGGAUGCAGAGUCUCAGCUUCUGCCUGAUGUAGGAGCCACAGUGACAUGCAAGGUUUGCAGCAUUAACUCUCGUUUUGCCAAGGUACACAUCUUGUAUGUUGGCUCGACACCACUGAAGUCCCCGUUCCGUGGGACAAUAAGGAGAGAGGAUGUCCGUGCAACAGAGAAAGACAAGGUAGAGGUUUACAAGAGUUUCCGCCCAGGAGACAUUGUUCUGGCCAAAGUUAUAUCUUUAGGGGAUGCACAGUCCAACUACUUGCUGACUACAGCAGAGAAUGAGCUGGGGGUAGUGGUGGCUCACAGUGAAGCAGGUAUACAGAUGGUGCCAGUCAGCUGGUGCGAAAUGCAGUGCCCUAGUACCCAUGGCAAGGAGCUGCGCAAGGUAGCCCGGGUACAGCCCCAGUUUCUGCAGACAUAGCGAGUGAGAAAUUCAUCAAGUUGUACCACUAGCAGAGGAAAGGGUACCUCCAGGCAAGGAGCUAGAAGGACUCGGAAGUAACUUUCUGUGCUGUUGCUGUGAACUGGUCUCACGUAAAUGGAAGCCAGGGCUAGGUGUCUGGAUCUCUUCACUUCUGCCUCUAGGAUGCUUUGGGAAAAAAGACUUUGGCUACAUCCCAAGUUUGCCAGUUGUACUUUUUGUAAAGCAAUAAACUGUUCCUUUGGUUCCUGCCUCAAGUCAGAGGCCUAGGGCUCCAUAGUGCCUCCACUGAAAGGGCAAAUAAAACUGCAAAAGUUA